GAAAAGAAUUAUGCAAUAUCCAUUACUAAGACAAUUAUGGCUUGUUACAUAUUCUCCCAUUCUCAAAUCUAAAUUCUAUAUUCAUUCCUACAGGAAACAACAAUAUUCUACUUCACCUAUUUAUAUUUAUCCAUUAACCAAAUCUAUACCAUUAUGUUUACCAAAAAUAUUUGAUCAACAAUUUAUUACUAAUUAUUGUCAUAUAUAUAAUUUACCAUGUUAUUAUAAUCAUGAUCAAAUUAUUAGUAAAUUACGUAGAGUUCAGUCAACACGUCGUGCUGAACUAUUACAUAAUCAAUUAUAUAAUAAUAGUACUGAUCAUACUGAUCAUAAUCAUGAUUAUCAUGAUGAUCGGAUCAAAUCUUUAUCCACUUCUCAAUCAUUAUUUCAUCAACAUCAAUCACGUCAAUAUAUUCAAAUUGCAUUAUAUAAUUAUGUAUUAAAUAAUUUACUUGGUUUAUCUAAUCUACAAUCUACAUUGAAUAUUCAUAAUCAUAAUAAUCAUACUAUACCAUUCUUAUUAGAUCUUGGUUGUGGAAUCAAUCAUUUAGAUAUUAUUAAUCAUUAUUUAUUAACUAUAUCAAAUUUUAAUCAAAAAUUCAUACCAUUAUGUAUUGAUCUAUUCAAUAAUAAUAAUAAUACUAAUACUCGUCCUCCUCCUAACACUACUACUACCACUACUACUCGUAAUACUAAUACUGCUACCACUACUACUACUACCAAUAAUAAUAAUAGUAAUAAUACUGCUACUAAUACUCCUCCUCCUCCUAACGCUACUACUACUACUCCUAAUACUAAUACUGCUACCACUAGUACUACUAAUACUACUACUACUAAUAAUAGUAAUAAUACUACUACUAAUACUCUUCCUCCUAAUACUACUACCACUUCUACUCGUAAUACUAAUACUGCUACCACUAGUACUACUACUAAUAGUAAUAAUGGUAAUGAUAUAUUCAAUUAUAAUAUUCAUUUAAUUAAAUGUAAUUUAAUGAAAGAUGAUAUCAUAACAACUAGAUCACAAUUAUUACCAUUUAAAGAUUAUUCUAUAGAUUAUAUUAUAUCUAUAUCUUUUUUACAAUGGUUAUUAAGAAAAGAUAAAUCAUGGUAUAUGAUCAAACAAUUAAUGAAUGAAAUUAAACGUUUAUUAAAUCCAUCAAACAAUAGUCAAUGUAUAUUACAAUUUUAUCCAAGUCAAUUAAUUGAUAUUCAAUUAAUUAGUGAAAUGAUUGAAACAAUUCAAUCGAAUUUUAAUGGUUGUUUAUUAAUUCAUCAACCUAUAAUGAAUCGUGGUAUGAAAAUUUUUAUUUAUUUAACAUAUAAAUGA